UGCUAGAUAGAGACUCACGCCUAUUUAGAUAACUGUAGAAGUAUUUUAGAAGCUAAAUAACUUCCUAGCCGAAGUAUAACCUUUUAAAUUAUACAAUGGAAUCUCUUGUAUAAUUUAGAAGGUUAUAUCAUAUUUGAUCAAACCUUCUGUGGACGUGUCGCAUAUGGCGCAGUCGGAGGGCCUCGGUAAAAUCUCGUGAGAUGCCUAUCCGUAACAGUGGCUCAAACUGACAGCUGGAAGAUCGUGAAGCAGGAGUGGCAGAUCAUGUAAGGGCACUUUGGCUAGAUAGCAAAGCUUGACAAUUUACAAGAGACAAGUUGCUAAAGACACAUUAAAAGAGUUGACAGAAUAGGCAGAAGAAGGAAGAGCAGCGGGGGAGGGGGUGGGAAAACAAAAGGCGGUAUGACACGACCUCCUAAUAAUGACAACCUUAUGACUUUCAAGUUAGUCGUAGUUGGUGAUGGAGGUGUUGGAAAGAGCGCACUCACCAUACAGUUCUUUCAAAAGUUAUUUGUCACUGAUUAUGAUCCCACCAUCGAAGACAGUUACAUUCAACAUACAGAGGUAGAUAAACAAUGGUGCAUUCUAGAUGUGCUAGAUACAGCUGGUCAAGAAGAAUUUAGUGCCAUGCGUGAACAAUACAUGCGCAAGGGUGAUGGGUUUCUGUUAGUGUAUUCCGUGACUGACAAACAGUCGUACGAGAAUAUCAUGAAUUUUUAUACCCAAAUACUUAGGGUAAAAGAUAGAGAUGUGUAUCCAAUGCUUCUGGUAGCCAACAAAGUUGACUUGGUACAUUUGAGAAAAGUUACAGAGGAACAGGGAAGGGAGUUGGCGCAUCGUUUGGGUAUACCUUACAUUGAAACUUCUGCCAAAGAUCCGCCGUUAAAUGUAGACGCAGCAUUUCACGAGGUUGUUCGUAUAAUCAGAAAUCAACCUCCGGCCGAACUGGAAAAGAACCGGCGGAAACGGAGACGUUCAGGGAAAUGUAAUAUUUUGUAAAUGUUGAAAAUAUCAUGCAAGUAUCGGAGGUUGCGGUACGAUCACGCAUCGUCUUUCCGAAAAGUCACUUUUCCUUACAAAAGUGAAACAUACCUGCCAAAACGAAAAAAAAAAAAAGAAACAAACAGAAUGGGUCGUCUGACUUCCAUCGUAUAUAGGUUACUAUGACUCGUUUUUCUUUUUCUUUUUUCAUUCACGUAUAAUUUCAUAGUAUUAAUGAACGUCGAACGAUUGAUAUCCCAUCCCUGUAUAAUAAGUGUACAAAAUAGUAACGAUAAGUCAUGCAUCGAUCGAACGAAAAACAAUGCCAACUAUCUCCAAGGAUGCGACUAGAUUUUUUAAAAGAAAACUAAUUCAGCAUCGGUUUAAGACUAAAAAAAAAGAGAGAGAAUAUAGAAAAAUUCGUCGGAGAUAUCGACUGUUCAUCGUCUUGAUAAUACGAGACCGCCAUCUCUAUACGCGCGUACACAUCAAUUUUCUACCAUCGACUAAACACUAUGGAAUUGAGCGUUUUUUAUUGCACGAUGCAUACAUAAUUCUAUAGAAAAUCUUUUUACUUCUUCGCGUAAGAUCUCGUCAUGAAGUGACUAUAAUGGUUUCGUAUACCGACUCAGCUAAUUUUUUAAACAGCAGUCGAGAAUCAUAGCUUUAAGCGUAUUUAUUCGUAUUUCAUUAAAUUAAACGUUUUCGUCUUCUGACAUUAUUUUCUUGUUGUGAUAUAUUCUAUGACGCGCACAUAGUCUCCUCGGAACAAAUAUUUUUAAAACUUUCGUACUACAAUUUUUUUUCUUUUGUUUUCAUAUAUUUCACGUGAAUACUUUUUAUAUUAACCUCUUGCGCUGCCAACAUUUCCUCGUAUUUGAUAGUUAGUGAUACAAACAGCUUCUAAUAUUUGUUCUAUCACAGCUAGUUCGCACUUAGAAAAAGAGUAUUUUUUAGUUUUUAUUAUAUUUUCUUCUCAAAAUAAUUUAUUACUUACGCGUAUCGCGCGACAUUUUCAACUCCCGAAGAAAAAUCUCUCGACGCCCGUGGCAUGUAAUAACAGUGCACGAGGUUAAUGCAUCUACAUAUAAUUUAUAGUACAAACUUGUUGUAUUGAAUUUUUUUUCCAACGACGUUUAAAAUUGUUAUGUCAACGAAUUUCGGUUCCAUCAGUGAUGUGCAUAUGAGGCGUUCGAAGCCUAACAAGUAAUUAAUAUUCUGAAUCAAGAAUAAAGUAUUCGAUGCGAGGCAAUAUUGCCUCUGGUAUUAGAUUAUCGGCUUUCGUGCAUACAGAGGUCUGAUGUAAAACAUCUAUCACGAUUCGAAUUUUCGAAGUAGUACAUACGUAAAAUAUUGAUUUUAGAUGGCCAGCGCCGCAAGACUAGUGCAUUAUUAAAUAGCUCGCAAGGGAAGUUGGGCAAUUGAUACGCGCCGACAAAUUUGAAUUUUUUUCCAGAAAUAAAAUUCAUGGGAACCUAAUCGCAGUGCCCUUUUCCAUUUUUACCCGAAAACAGUUUCAGGUGUGGAAACACCGCUUUGAAAUAAUUCUGGUUAUUCAUUUAUAUUUAUCUGAAAACGUAAGAGAUAUCGAUACAAUUUAAUUGUUUUCAACAUUCUAUAACACCGUGGUAAGAAAUUAAAAAAAAAAAAACAUUAAUUUUGAUCAUAUUUCCUUCACCAUGAAUCUUUCCACCAUCAGCUGCAUAAAGAUUGUGUUCGCGAUUUUGUGGGUGCUCCAUACUGUACAACUUUCGUCUAACCAAUUUUUUUCUAUCUGUUAUCAACUUUGAGUUAGUGUGCAAUAUAGAUACGUAUCCUUUAUUGUGUACUGAAUGGAUAAAAAUUUCGGUCAGAAUCCUCGACUGAAAUUUGAGAAAAUCAUAACACUUGAUUGGGUAAAAAAAAAAAGUUAUACAUGUCGAAUUGAGUAAUCUCCUCCUUUAUGAAGUCGGUUAAUGAAUUUCAACGGGAAACAGUGUGUUUUUGGGACGAAUUUAACAAAAAAUAUAAAACUAUCGGAAAAGUAUUUUAUAGCUCUUUUUGGACGGAAAUAUACGUAAAAAGUUACCUUAUCUUCCACAAUUCGUAGUUCUCCCAAUUUACAAAAAUGGAAAAAAGAUUUUCUUAAGAAUUUGAAAGUAAUCGCCUGUUGAAAAACAUUUAAUCUUGUAUCUAAAAUUUGUUCAAUACCUUUAAUGAUACCAGAGAUAUUAGCAAAAAUAUAAAUAACCUGAGUUUAUUAUUUUGAAGGAAUCUCUUAAAAUCGUCUUUGAAUAAAAAUGGAAAAAUUCACUGCAAUUGGGUUCCCAUGUACUUCAUUUCUGUCAACAUACAAUUUUUUCGCCGUGUAUCAAUCACCGAACUUCCCUUGUCAGUUUUAUUUAGGAGUUGUGCAAUAAACAAAGUAUUGCUUUCGUAACAAGUACAAAAUUUUAUUAGUAGCGUGUUAUUUCGUGUUCGCUAAUGUUUAAUUUGAAACUUUCGAAUUCUAUCAAAUACAAAGCCUGAACUUCGAUUAUGUCAGACCUUUUUAUAUAUAUUAAAGAAAAUGAUGCCAUGGCCUAUAUUAGUAUUUAAAUGUAACAAAAUAAUUAAAAAACGAAUUAAACAAAAUAUGUGACCUACUCCGAAGCAAGGUGACUCAUGGGUUGAGAUCAUGAUUUUUAGUGGAAACAAAUUAUACGAAAUAAUUUAAAAAAAAAAAAAACAAUGAUUCUCCUUGGCAUUUCGGAUAAAUCGAGUCUUAUUCGAUCUAAAACGCAGUCCUCUUCGGGUUAAUGCAAUGUAGGGUCUAGAACAAAUUUUAUACUAAACGAGAGUUAAAACAAACAAGUGUAAGUGGUAUAAUAUGCAACGCAAAUAAAAUUUAAAAAAAAAUACGAAUGGGAAAGGAAAGAAACGUACGAAUGUCUAUAAAAAUUUGAUUGUUAAUAUAAUAUAAUAUGGCUAAGUACAUACCCGGACAACGAUCCGUUAGUAAGUAAAAUGAGUUCGAAUUUUGCUGUGAUUGUCAAGGAAAGUCAUUGUCUUUUAAUAAUACUCCGAUCAUUUUCCACGCGUUAAUUUUUCAAAAAUGAACAAAAUAAUGGAUGCCAAAAAAUUGUUUUUGUCUAUAUGGUGUUUCCCUUGGGAGCAGGUCACAUACACGGGGAUGAAAGUCGUAGCGGGGAGAUUAAUUUUUUUUUUUUCUAAUUUUGAGAAAAACCUUUUCCUUCAACGAACUUGAAUGUAUAGAUUACAUCUAUGCGUACUAGUAAAUACUUUAAAUAAAUUUUUCUUUGUAUCGCUAUGGUUUUUAUCCCCUAUGUACGUUUAAAAGUACAUUCUAACGCGAGUGCGCGUGUAAAUAACUCGAGUGACUCGUGAAACUUAUCGAUAAAACGAAAUAGUAUAAGGAACGUUCCACUCGUUGCCGCGCGCUUUAGUAAUAAUUAGUUCGAGUUAUUUACAGUAUGCAAAGUAUGCACGAUAACGCGAGAUAGUAGGAGAGGGUUUACAAUUCGCUCCGAGAUUGUUGUUUACAGUUGUUUCCGUAGCGGGUCGUGUUUUUAAUUUUCAUUUUUCACCUUUGUGCCGAAACUUUUCGAGCUUUUAUUUUACUCGACGGGGUUCAAUUAACGAUAUCACGUAUUAGCAUACGCACAAAGUGCUUUUCCUACGUGUAGGACACAGUGGGAAACUGAAUAGUAAUUUUAAACGGUACGAUACGAUACGUAAAACGUGCACAAAACGUGUUUGGCGAGAUCGAGUAAUUCUAACAGUGAAAUAUAUUUGCCUUGAGAUAGAAAUAUAAUCUGUAUUAUCAACGAGUGAAGGCUAUCGACGGAAUUUGUGUAGUUGCCAUACGUAGGAAGCUUCGAUUAUUAUUUUUUUUUUAAUAGCGCGAAUGUGUCGACGUAUUUUAUAUUGGAUGAUAAAUCGAAUGUUCGAUAGCGUUCGUCGUUAUCAACAUAGACACGUUUGUCCGUGCGCAACGAAAUAUUACCGAGUUAAGAACGAAACACUAAAACGAUGCAUUUUGCUCCGUUGAUACUUUUGUUUGCUAGUAAAGAGGUUCGUGAAAUCGUGAACCGUUAUUUUAGCCAAUUAUAUUCUCGCAGAUUCGAAGAAAGCUCAAUGCGUAGUUUAAAAUUGCACCGCACAAUUAAACGAAUAACGAUUGUAUAAAUUUAACCGAAACGAUCGCACGGUAUAGCGAAAUUAUAAUUUCGUAUGGGGUUUACUCUAGAGAUGGGCGAAAUUUAAAGAAAUUCUAUCUGUUAUUAUAAUAGAUCUAUUUAUUCGUUCCAAGAAUAUUUAUUCGGCGAAUAAGGAUGCCUUAAUCCUUUCAAUCGUCGAGAAAAGAAAGCGUCUUUAUUCGAAUAGAUCUAUUCGAAAGCUUCGAAUACACUUCGGUUAGAAAUUCAGGUAAAGAAGAAAACCGUACUGUAAGCUGGAUUGAAUGAAACAAGUAACUUUAUUCGAUGAAUAAAUCAUUUCGAAAGCUUCGAGUGAACUUUGAAUGAAAAUUCAUGUAAAGCUGAUAACAUUAUUUUAAGCUGCAGACGAAUCGUUUGGCGAAUGAAUAAAGUAUCUUUAUUCGUAGAAUGGAUCUAUUCGAACGCUUCGAAUAAAAAUUCAAAUAAAAGUGUAAACCUCACUUCAAGCUGGAAAGGGUAUCUUUAUUCGUCAAAUAAACACAUUUAUUCGUUAUAGGUUGAAACCUUCGAAUUAGCGAUAAAAAUAAAAUAUCUUCGUUCGAUG